UUGGACAAUCAGUUGGUCGAUCAGUUGGCCGAUCAGUUGGACGAUCAGUUGGUCGAUCAGUUGGUCGAUCAGUUGGCCGAGCAGUUGGUCGAUCAGUUGGUCGAUCAGUUGGACGACCAGUUGGACGAUCAGUUGGUCGAUCAGUUGGACGAUCAGUUGGUCGACCAGUUGGACUAUCAGUUGGUCGAUCAGUUGGUCGAUCAGUUGGUCGAUCAGUUGGUCGAUCAGUUGGUCGAUCAGUUGGUCGAUCAGUUGGACGAUCAGUUGGUCGAUCAGUUGGUCGAUCAGUUGGCCGAGCAGUUGGUCGAUCAGUUGGUCGAUCAGUUGGUCGAUCAGUUGGUCGAUCAGUUGGCCGAUCAGUUGGACGAUCAGUUGGUCGAUCAGUUGGACGAUCAGUUGCCCAACCAGUUGCCCGACUAG